UUCCUACUCUACAUGUAGCAUACCACGAUCUAAAUCUGUUGUUGUACAGUUCACAUCUUGGCAAAAUGAGUGGUAUCGCCUUUGUUUCCAAAACUUCACUUGAUAAAGAGAAGCGGAGAAAGAGGGAAGCACGAGAGGCAGCUUUAGAGCAGGCAAAGGAAGCUCAUGAGCGGAAACUAGAGAAGGCUGAGAGGAAGGCUGCUGUGAAUACAGCUGGCUGGAUUUCAUCCGGUUUCAGUGCCCGACUGGAUGCAGACAAGCGGAUUCAUGGUGUAGAAAGCGGCAGUGAUUCAGAUACACCAAAAAAGAAAAAGAAGUCAAAGAAGCCAAAGAAAGAAAAGCACAAGAAAAAGAAGAAGGAGAAGAAAAGCCAUGGAAGCGGUGGAUCCUCAGGCUCGGACUCGGAGGACAGUGCUGGGGAAUGGAUGACUCCAGAGGAAGCCACUGCAAAGGCAUCAGCGAAACCACCAUCUGCCCCGAGUGCAUCAACCCAGAGGGACUCGUGGAUGUUGGAGCCCAGUGCCGGUGACUUCUUCUCCUCUCUUGGCCGGGCGAAAGCGGAGAGUGAAGCACAGCGCAAGCGUCGUGAGGAAGAGGAGGAGAAGAAGAACAUGCUGGACACGCCUGGCCAGCAUCCGAUGGAAUUGAACAAGUACUGGAAGGACGGUGGUACAGGACUUCCCCCAGAGGAGGAGCAGGCGCGGCGCGCGUCUGCAGCUCAAGUGGCUACAAAGAUCGGUGACGGUGGCAAGAGCUGGAUACGGCGUGCGUAUCAGCGCGCUGUGGAGCAGGCAGAGCGCGAGGGUCGCACACUGGCCGAGGUGGCAGCUGAACGCUGGGGUUCCUUGGAGAAAUUGGAAUCACUUCUCGCUGCUGCUGAUGGAGGAUCAUCACGGUACGGUGGCCGGGGACGAGAUCGCCAUUCGGGCCCACGCUAUGGCGACCGGCAUCGAAGUGGUGGCGAUAGACGCUCGCCACCUCCCCGGCGCGGAGACCAGCAAGCUGGCAGCGGCGGUGCACGCGGCGGCUUCCGACGUCCUGGCGAAGACGCCGCCGACGAUUCCAGGUCACGUCCUGGCGCAUUCCGGAGGCCAGGCGACGACGGCGAUAGAAGAAGCAGCAGCAGCCGCGGUUUUCAUCGUCCUGGCGACGACGAUGAUCGUAGGACCGGUAGUGGUGGCAGUCGUUCGUUCAGUCGACCCGACGAAGACGAUGACCACAGGCACAGCUCACGGUCAAGUGGCCACGACUCGUACUCGGCAAGUUCCCAUCGCCACAGCCGUCGGUCGAGGGAGCGUAGCGAGUCGCCAGUGCGACGGGAAAGACGUGACCACGACUCCGCGUCACCGCCGCCUCACCGGCAUGCGCGCCACUCUCCGGACGAGUCUAGACGCUCUGCUCACGGCCAUGCGCGGGCAGCAUCGCCGUCCAAUCGUGAUCGUGACCGCGGUGCUGCACCGGCUGUGGUGAGAACGGUUGGCUCUUCAUCCCCGUCCUCGUCGACAGCCGAGUCCUCGGCGGCGAUCGUGUCAGGGCGCAGUGCCGUGGCGUCUUCCACCGUGUCAGCAGCACCUCCGCCAGCGGCAGCGCCAGUGCCCUCUGCUCCAGCCGAGCCUGCGGUCACUGAAGCGCAGCUCAAUGCCCUGGGUGCGAAGAUAGUGAAAGCUGAGCUGAUGGGCAACACGGACCUGGCUAGCCGCCUACAACAAAAGCUGACGACACUGCAGGAGCGCAAGAAACAACAAGAUCAGGCCGGUGCUCCAGGAGCGCCACAGCAAACUGGCGCUUCCUCCGCAGCAGGUAGGCCGCAGGCACCUGGCACGGCUGCUCAGCAGACACAGCACCGGCGUGCUGCCAGCAAUGACGACGAGGAAGUGCUCUUGACGCGUACUGAUCGUCACGGAAAUGUCCGCCCGGCCAUGGGCACUGAUGACUUUCCGCAAGGCAAACGUCAACGGCAGAAAAAGGUUGCUACUCAUAGUGAAGGUCAGAGAGAUCGCUACUUUGCUGACGAUGACAAAUUCACCUUGUCUGAGAUGGUGGCACGUGAGAAACUAUCCACUGCUGAAGAUAUGAACUCCGCUCUACAUAGAAUGUCAGGUCGAUUUGUGGAGAAGACUAAUGAUGACGACUAUACCCUAGACGACAUGUACGAAUCGCGGGCUGCUCGUAAACAGCAGGAUGGCAAGGAGGAGGUGCGUGACAUGCGCAAGGCCAUGACAGAACACCGUCGCUCUGCGGCAGCACUGGAUCGGUGUAAUCAUUGCAUUGAUAGCACUCGUUUCAACCAGCAGCUAGUCAUCGCAAUGGGAAUAAAGGUAUACUUGUCAGUACCUGAUCAUGUUCCACUCACGGACGGUCACUGCAUUCUUGCACCAAGCGAGCACUCGCUGAGCUUCGUGGCAGUUGAUGAGGAAGUCGUCCAAGAAAUACGGGUGUUUCAGAAGGGUCUGGUGGCGAUGUUCAAGGAGCGUGAUGAAGACAUCAUCUUCCUGGAGACGUGUUACUUGCACAAGCGUCGUCACAUGAUAAUCGAGUGCAUUCCCGUGCCGAAGGAGGUUGGGGAUAUGGCCCCGAUAUACUUCAAGAAAGCAAUCAUGGAAUCAGAGGGCGAGUGGUCUGAGAACAAGAAGCUGGUGGACACACGCGGGAAAGAUCUUCGUAAAUCGAUACCGAAGGGCUUCUCCUACUUCAGUGUGGAGUUUGGUUUGGAUGGGGGCUUUGCCCAUCCAAUUGAAGAUGACGACUCGUUCAGUUGGUACUUUGGCCGGGAAAUCAUUGGCGGUAUAAUGGAUGCUGACCCGCAGCUGUGGCGGAAACCUCGCCACCUUGGGCCAGCUGAGCAGAAGCGCAAGAUCAUGAACUUCUCCUCGAUGUGGGAGCCGUACGACUGGACGAAACGGCUCCAUCAGUGAGAGGUGGCACAUGCGCGAACAGACGGAUAUGGAGAGGGCAGUCAUCAGUGCAUUACUUGACACUACUGGUGUUCAAGCUAGAGUGAUGUUUAGAAGUACAUGUAGCAUUUUUUUGUUCAUUUCACAGUAACUUUUCUUAGUUAUGCUUAUACCUGAUCAAUUGUUUCCAAUCAACACAUAAAAGUGCUUUAUUUUUGAUUUUUGUACAUGCACAUGGACACGCACAUGCAUGCUCUCUCUCUCUCUCUCUCUCUCUCUCUCUCUCUCUCUCUCUCUCUCUCUCUCUCUCUCUCUCUCUCUCUCUCUCUCUCUCUCUCUCUCUCUCUCUCUCUCUUUCUCUUUCUCUCUCUCUCUCUCUCUCUCUCUCUCUCUCUCUCUCUCUCUCUCUCUCUCUCUCUCUUCACAAGCUGUCUUCUAUCUUCCCUCAUUUCCUGUAUAAUACUACUCCUGGUUCUUGACCAUGAUAUGAAAGUUAAUGUGUUCUUGGAGACCGUGAUCGAGUGUUUGAAUUGAGGCAACCUUAUGUUCUUGGAAGUACGGUCAAUCAA